AUGUUCUACCAAUCGUCGUCGUCUCUCACGCAAAUUCUUCAUUCGUUCUGUGGAAACACAGAAAUGGAGACUCCAUAUCCGAAACUCAUCGAUCCUUCAAAGACUCGAAUAGGAUGGAUUGGCAUCGGGAUAAUGGGAUCGGCCAUGGUUUCUCAUAUUAUCGCCGCAGGCUAUUCUGUCACAGUUUACGCUCGCGACCUCCGGAAAACAAAAGAUCUGCAAACCAAAGGAGCUCGCAUAGCCAAUAGCCCCAAAGAGUUAGCGGAGAUGAGCGACGUUGUGUUCACGAUUGUUGGAAACUUCAACGAUGUCCGAUCAUUGCUUCUCGGUGACGAUGGUGUACUCUCUGGUCUUACGCCCGGUGGAGUAACAGUGGACAUGACUAGUAGCAAACCAGGAUUGGCGCGUGAAAUACACGCAGAAGCGAGGCGUAGGAAUUGUUGGGCGGUGGAUGCGCCGGUAUCAGGUGGAGACGCUGGAGCACGAGAGGGGACGUUAGGGAUUUUCGCCGGCGGAGAUUCAGAGAUUGUGGAGUGGUUGUCCCCGGUGAUGAAGAAUAUAGGGACUGUUACUUAUAUGGGAGAAGCAGGGAGUGGGCAAAGCUGCAAGAUAGGGAAUCAGAUUGCUGGUGCGAGCAACCUGGUUGGACUUGCUGAAGGGAUAGUGUUCGCUGAGAAAGCGGGUUUAGAUACAGUGAAAUGGCUCGAGGCGGUGAAGGAUGGUGCAGCUGGAUCGGCGGUUAUGCGGCUGUUUGGGGAGAUGAUUGUGAAGAGGGAUUAUAGGGCGACUGGCUUUGCGGAGUAUAUGGUGAAAGAUUUGGGAAUGGCUGCAGAGGCGGCGAUGCCUGGUGCUGCUCUGAGCAAGCAGUUGUUCACUGGAAUGGUGGCUAAUGGAGAUGGCAAGUUAGGUAUUCAAGGCGUCGUCUCUGUUAUUAGAAGACUUAACGGCAUAUCCUGAAAACACUUGUGUUGUAAAACAGAGUGUUCCAAUGAUUUCACGAUCAACUAGGCAAACUUGUCUUCGAUUUGGUUUAAGUUGAUAAUAAGAAGAACAUCGAGUCUCACCAAUCUCAAUAAGAAACAAAGGGCAUUUAUGAAUGGUAGAGUGCAGCAUUUUGAUAAGAUUACAGAUCGCUAACAUUAGUUUCCAACUGGAUCAUAAAUCUGUACCUUCUAUAUCUAAUUCUAUUAGCCAGUAACCGUAAACACACAAACUAUCAAAAGAAAAAGAUCAUCUUACAUUUUACGAGUCAACAAAAUAAUCUACCGAGUCUCUUCGACUGCAACGUUGGAGUAGCUAUGCUCGAACCGUUCUUCCUCGGAUCCUUUCUUCCAUGUCUUAUACAAGCUAAUCCUGUGUUUUAACAAAAUGAUGU